CCUAAAAACAAGACAUAAAACAGAUACUGGCUUUACGGGAUGAAGGUUACAACGGUUUGCCAUAUGUGUAAAGGUUAAUAGGCCAUGAAGAUGUACCUCUUUGCUAGGUCUGUAUCUCCACAGGGGAGGGGGUUUGGUGGUGAAUGCAGGAGUGGUCAGAAGCAGUGCGGGAACACCGGGAGAGACACUGCGGAGGAGAACUCAACCAACCAAGUUUGACGACACGCACAUCUUCAACCUGGACUUUCUACAACCUUUACAAUUAUGGACUUUUCCUAUUGCACGCUUGUUGCGCAACAAAACCGGGUCAUUUUCAUGUCUGAUCUUUUUUUUCUGGAAUACAGAAAUAACAAUUUGCGCAUUUGAAGGUAAAAACUGCUCUUACUUUGGUAUGGAGGUACUGCAGAGGCAAGAUGAGUUCUGAUACAGAUCGUUCCGUGAACUUCUUGAGUAAUGCUUCCUCCGAACAGUCCGACGUGUACAAUUCGAGCUCCGCGGGAAACGGGACCGAGCCGAGCUCGUUCAGAAUCGGCCGCGCGCUUCCACUGGGCAUGGUUCUGGGCGCUUUUAUUGUGUUUGCUAUCGUCGGCAACAUUCUCGUUAUUCUCUCCGUAGUGUGCAACAGGCACCUGCGCAUCCCAACCAACUACUUCAUCAUCAAUUUAGCCAUUGCAGACCUGUUGCUGAGCACAACCGUCCUGCCGGUUUCUGCCACGCGUGAAAUUCUUAACUACUGGGUAUUCGGGAGGAUCUUCUGUGACAUCUGGGCUGCGGUGGAUGUGUUGUGCUGCACCGCAUCCAUCAUGAGCCUGUGCGUAAUCUCCAUUGACCGCUACAUCGGGGUGCGUUACCCACUGCAGUACCCGAGCAUUGUGACCGAGAAACGGGCGCUCUUGGCCAUGUUGGGUGUUUGGGUUCUUGCCUUUGUCAUCUCCAUAGGACCUCUGCUUGGGUGGAAAGAGCCUCCUUCAGAGGACGACACUGUGUGCCUCAUCACCGAGGAGCCGUUUUACGCGCUCUUCUCCUCGCUGGGCUCCUUCUACAUCCCUUUAGCGGUUAUUCUGGCCAUGUACUUCCGCGUGUAUAUAGUUGCCAAAAGAACCACGAAAAACCUUGAGGCCGGAGUGAUGAAGGAGCACAUGGACUCUAAUGAGCUGACGCUUCGGAUCCAUUGUAAAGGUUCUCAGGCGCAGGAUGACUGCAGCAAAGGCCACAUUAGGAGCUCGCUGACAGUCAAAUUACUUAAGUUUUCCAGAGAAAAGAAAGCUGCUAAAACGCUCGGUGUUGUUGUGGGCAUGUUCAUUCUGUGCUGGUUACCAUUUUUCCUCGCACUACCCAUCGGGUCAUUUAACACCAGUUUACGACCUCCUGAAACAUUCUUCAAAGUGAUCUUCUGGCUGGGCUACUUCAACAGCUGCCUGAACCCCAUUAUCUACCCCUGUUACAGCCGUGAGUUCAAGCAGGCUUUCAUUCGGAUCCUCAGGUGCCAGUGUCAGCAGAGGAAACGACAGGGCUGGAGGGCGUACAACUACCGCGUCCAGACGGGCUCGGCCAUGCAGGUCUACACAGACACCAGCUCCAUUUGCAUGAAUGGCAGCCAGCAGACCCUGGCCCCAACACACCCCAGCCCAAUAUUAUUCACUCGUCCAGCAUCAGGCCUUCUUCCAGGCUGGGUUCCCUGUACCUCAUCUUCCUCUUCCUCCCUAUCUGGGAGCCCUUUUCCUGGUAUGAUGAGGUCCAGCUCUAGGGCGAAGAGUCCCUGCGAAUCUAACAGGAUGGCUUCGCUGUUCCCCAGUAGGACCCACUCGAAAGGACCUCAGCAUGCCAAUGGACAGAAUGGGAAGCGAGACACAGAGCAUGAGCCAAUAUCUAGAACCGCACCUGAGACUGCUAUCUAGCUUGGUGUCAAGAGGGACUUACAUGCCAGUGAUUUCAGUCUUUCAGUUUUUUUCCGGACAGAUCUGAUACAUUAUUGUAGAUGUGAAAUACAUUGGGCUUCUUGUCAUGCAUGUCUACGUUGUUUCAUUUGAGAGUUGCAGUGGCUUUGUAAGGGAUAAUGUACCGUCAGCUUGUAAUUAUUUUUAAAUAAACCCCAGCGAGGUGAUCAGGAUACAGACGUGAAUAAGUAAAUUGAUUUAUCAUUUUAUCUGCUUAUUGUCUGCUUCCACUAACAAAUUAUAGUCUAGGGCAAUGUACAAAUCAAUUGACCUAGCAACAGGGCGAACAAUAUUACAGUACUAUAUUAACACAGACUUCACAAAUUGGCAGCUAAGACGCAAGAUGGCAGUGUAAAAUGUCUGACCCCAUUGCCAUGCAUGAUGAUUAUAGAGGGGAUUAGUGCCCGCCCACUUUUUUAGCAGUAUUGGUUGCAGAAGUAUUUUUCCUUCUAUUUUCCCAUAGGGAAAGUCUUAAGGUAUAACCCAUGAACCAAACCAAUCAGCUAUUAGGUGUACAAGCUUUGAUUUGAUGGGAAAAAAAAAGUAUUUGAAAAUCGGUUAAAAAGGACAAAGGUACUUAACGGCUUUAGUAAGGUGGAAGAACUACAAUCCCAUGAAGCAAUGCAAACAGCAUAAUCGACUAGAGAGAGAGAAAGAGAGAGUAUAUUUUACGUUUAUUGCAAAACAUGUCUGUGUAAUCAGUGUUGGGAAAAGUUAAAGGGAUAGUUCACUUUGAAAAUAAUUUUUGGUAUGUUUUAGCUUACCUCAAGGGCAUCCAAGAU